CCCAUUCAUUUCCUGAGAACUGCCCGAGCUGAGCAGCUGAGAGGCAGAAGCGAAGGGGAGGGAGCCGCUCACACACAUUCACACAUACACACACACACACUUACACUCCGCACAUUCACGCAGAGUGAGAAGAGAAAAGAGGAAAGGGAGAGGAGACGAGACAGUGGAACUGUGGAAGGGAAAACAGUCUCCUAGUCUCCGCGGUUCUGCAGCUUUUGACAAGGCAGCCUAAGAAACAGGAUGUUAAUGCUUGACGGAAUGCCUCCAGUCCGAGUCAAAGCCGAGCCCCUGGAAUCGGAACAAGGGUCACCUAAAGUUCGCCCUUACACUGCGAUGGAUGGCGUCCCCUUCUUCCUCAGCAGAGUAAAAUCUGAACCCCCUGAAGAUCUGCUUGCUCACGACCUCCACUUCCACACACAGACAGAACCCGUGGACCUGUCAAUCAACAAGCCCCGCCCCUCCUCCUUAUCCACCAACACCACUAGCACAACCUCCUCAUCGUCGCCCCCCCACAGAUCAGCCUUCUCCCCGUCUUCAUUGUCGUCAUCCUCCUCCUCCUCGUCUUCUCCGUCAGUUAUCACCUCUGCCUCUUCAGUGCUCACACCAGGCCCGCUGGUCGCCCCCGGAAGUGGGGUGAGAGGUCAGCCGUAUUUGCACAUUCUGCAGUCUGUGCCGCCGCCUCCGUCCAGCCCUCUGAGCCUGCACAGAGCCGGGAAGCUGGCCGGCCAUGUUCACCGCAUCCCAGUUGUGGUACAGUCACUGCCCCUCAUGUACACCACUGCAGUGCGAUCACCCUCCAGCCUCAACAAUGCUAUCAUGCUACCUCUACUGGAAGAGGCCAAAAGCCAGGGCAAAGCAGCACACACAGACCCCAACGGCCUGUCACCGAGGCAGAUCAAAAGCGACAGCGACGACGAUGACCUGCCGAACGUGACCCUGGACAGUGUUAACGAGACCGGCUCCACGGCGCUGUCUAUAGCCCGAGCUGUGCAAGACUCCAUGUCGCCGUUCAGUAUUGACAGCAUCCGACGCCCCCGGAGGUCAGAGUCACCGGACUCAAAGAAGCGAAGGAUCCACAGAUGUGACUUUGAGGGUUGCAAUAAAGUGUACACCAAAAGCUCACAUUUAAAAGCACACCGGAGGACGCACACAGGGGAAAAGCCAUACAAAUGCACCUGGGACGGCUGCACCUGGAAGUUCGCCCGCUCGGACGAGCUGACGAGGCAUUACAGGAAACACACAGGCGUGAAACCCUUCAAGUGUGCAGACUGUGACCGCAGCUUCUCCAGAUCCGACCACUUGGCCCUGCACCGGCGGAGACACAUGCUGGUGUGAAGCACAACAGGAGCAAUUAAGAGAAGAUGUCAGUGGAGCAGACACAUCCACACACACACACACGCACACACACACGCGCGCACACACAUACACACACACACACACACACACACACACACACACACACACAGGCAGCCAAGGGAGCAGGAUCUCCCUCUGAAUGUUCUUCAGCUGGCCUGGACGCCCAACAUCAAACACAGACACGUACACACACACGUUCUCAACCUUCACAAGCAGGUCAGGGACAGAGAAGCUGGAUGGACGGUCAAAGCAGAAAACAGGGUGACUUAUGGAUCCUCUUUGGAUUUGAAGGAAGUGAUGACAGGAUCUUUAACCGUCAUUGGCGAACAAUAGGGAAUUGUUUUUAACAGCACUGUUUGUUGAUGUUUCACUUUGAUUUUUAGGAUGAAGUGGCACUCUUUAAAUUUGGAUUUUACUCACUUUACAUUACAGCUGCUUUUCCAGCGUUCAUAAUGUGAAAGACCCCUUUGAAAUCACAGCCGGAAGAAGUUCAACCUGAAAUGGAUUUUACAGGAAAAGACUUGGCCUGAGUUGGAAUUACAGACAGUAUUGUUUUGCUUUGCCUCCCUGUGAGUUUAACAAAUGACCAGCAGAGGGCAGUGUUUGAUCAAGGAAGGUUUACUUGGACUUAGCUGUCACACCUAAGGCGUUUUCUUUGAGAAGCUAAAUGAGGGUUGGACUUUCACCUCUUCCCGCAGCCCGCAAAGUGCAAAUAACUUCACAUGGAUGGAUCCAUUUUAUCCCCACACCCACCCACUCAGCCAUUAGCUGCUUUCCUAAACAGUAGAAACUGGACACGCCUAAUCAUCACACCAGCAAAAAAGCACCAUUUUAUCACACGAACCUCAGACAACCCCAUACUUCAUCAGUGCUUUUCUUUAUUUUGAGCCUCUUUAAAGCAUUUUUUCAAGCAAAUCUUACGUGGAUUUUGAGCUGUGAUUAGCAAUCAGUAAAGUGCAAUCUUAAAGAAUAUAUAUAAAUAUAUAUAUAUAAACUUUCAGUAUGAAAAAUGUUUUCUUUAUUGAAUCUUGCUUUUUUUAAAUUACCUGCUUACUGCUUAUGUUUAAUUCUGACAAAUACAACCCCCUCAUGUACAGCGAACCUUAAAACAAUCAGAGGAGAGUAUGUGGAAAAAUGAAAAAAAAAACAACAGAGGCACCUUAAAGACUUUCAUUCUGUCCCCAUCUACCUGUACUCAUCAGUCAGCUCAUUUUUCCUCCGCUGAAAUUGAACCGAAACAAGGAAUUUUGUGUGGUAGUUUUUAUACAGCAAGGCAGCCCUUGACCACAAGCUGUCACUGACACCAGCUGAAGACUUACGGAGAUCAUUCUGUGCACAGAAGAGCAAUACAUUCUGAUCAAAGUGUUUGUUGAUGUCCAAAUCAGAGAUGGAGGUGUCCAGGUCAACCUCGCUCUUGUUUCUGAAGCUCAGAGUCACAAUGAAAUGGUCAUUCACUCCACAUCGUCUUACGUUUUUGUUUUUGUUGUUCAUAAACAUCACUUGAAAUGUUCUCACCUCACUUUGGGCAGUUUUUUGGGGUAUUACCAGAAGUCUGGUCAUUAUAAUGCAGGAGUUGCACACCUAGUUACACACAGGAUAUACACACAGUGCUUUGCAAGUCUUGGACUCUUUCACAUUUUGUCACGUUACAGCGACAAACAUCAAGGUAUAUUGUUGGGAUUUUACGUGGUAGACCUAAGGUAGUUGUAGUGCAUAGUUCUGUUCAGAUGGAAGAAAAUUGAGACAUGCUUUUCUAUUUCAUUGCAAAUAAAUAAAAAUUUGAAAAGUACAGAGCACAUAUGUCUUAAGCAUCCCUAGGUGAGUACAUUGUAAAACCAUCUUUUAAUGCAAUUUCAGAUGCAAGACUUUUCCCAACCAGCUUUGCACAUCUAGAGAAUGAAAUCUUUGCCCAUUCUUUACAAAAAUCACUCAGAUUAGAUGGAGAGCACCUGUAAACAUCAGUUUUAAAGUAUUGCCCCAGAUUUUCAAUUGGAUCUAUGUCUGGACUUUGACUGGGCCAUUCUAACAUAUGAAUUUGUAGCUCUCUCAGUAUGUUUAGGGUCAUCGUCCUGCUGAAAGGUGAACCUCCAGCCUAGUCUAAUUUUUGCAACCUCUAUAAAGGUUUCUGUCAGGAUUAAGCUCCAUUAAGCUUUCCCAUUCCUUUUGAAGAAAACCAUCCCCACAGCAUAAUUCUGCCACCACGGUGUUUCACAGAAGAGAUCGAGUGUUCAGUGUAAUGUGCAGUGUUAGUUUUCCUCCACACAGAGCGAAUUGAAUGUAGGCCAAAAAGUUAAAUUUUGGUCUCAUCUGACCAAAAUUUCCACAUGUUUGCUGGUUCCACUACAUGGCUUGCAGAAAACAUGAUUUAUUUCAGCAAUGGCUUUUCUUUAUGUCAGGCCAAAUGCCUAGAAAGCACAACCAAUAGUUGUUCUGCCAACAGAUUUUCCCACUUGAGCUGUGGAUCUCUGCAGCUCCUCCAGAGGUACCUGCUUCAAACAUGUCCACAACUUUAUCCACAACCUGUCUGCUGUGUUCCUGGGUUUUCAUGAUGCUCUUUCCUCAUUAAAGUCUUGUCGUAAAUCUCUGAGGCCUUCACAGAUCAGCGGCAUUUAUCUUGACAUUACGGUGGACUUUAUUUAUUAACUAGGGGGCUUCUUAAGGCAAAUGCACUGCACUUUAUUAAGGAGCAUCAUAAAGGGGGCACACAUAUGCACACUUAUUUGGGGGAAACAGUUUUCAAAAGCAUUUAUCACUUUUCUUCCAUUUCAAAAUGAUUAACCACUUUGUUUAGGUCUAUAACAUAAUAUCCCAAUAAAGCACAUACAACUUUAUGGUUGUUAAGUGAUGAAAUAUGGAAAAAGUUCAAGGAGUCUGAAUACUUCUGCAAAGCACUGCACAUAAUACAGAUAUUAUUAAAUAAAUGUAACAUUAUAUCACCGAAGAUUAAGAUUUUAGAUGAAGUUACCGGCAGAAAUAUUUCUCAGAAAACAUCACUUGACCUCAAUGAGGGAAUUCAAUUAAAAGUAUAUUUUUAUAGUCCUAAAGGCAGAUGUUUUUUCAAGUAUUUUCAGCGCUCUUGAUGCUGUAUAAAAGCUUCAAACUUUAGGUACCGAGCCAAUUGAUGUUAUAUCAUAGUGCUGCCAAAUGCAGUUAUUGGGCAGAAGGCAGUAAAAAGACAUGGCAACCUUUUUUGAUUAAGGUAUCUUGAAAUCCAUAUGCUCAUACACUAACGCACACACACCACACAUACACGCAAACUUUAAAGAUCUCACUUUUAGAGAAGAAGCCAAAUCCAGGGAACAGUUUCCACACAUGCAGAGUUUGUGCAGCCCUCUUGUAUGUUACCAUUAUUUAUGUAUAUUUUUUGUGCACAUGUCAUUACGCCCAGUUGUAUUAUCGUUUUGGCAAAAGCAUAUUAGCACCUUCUUUGUUAAUUGAGAUGAUUUUCAGAUAAUUUUAUUUCAGAUGUCAAUUUAUAAACAAAUACUCAUCAUAUUUUAUCAUCCGUAUAAAGUAUUAGGACAUUUUUGUAUGAUUGAGGGGCACUUCAUGUGACGGCUUGUAACGUUUCCUCUUAUGUAAAAAAACAAAACAAAACCUGAUCUUUUGAAAUGUUGUAAUAUAUGUGGUAGUGAAGAUACAAAGCUAUUACGAAGUUCUACAAGCUGUAUAUACAAUGGAGAAAUAGGGCUUUCAAUUUGUAGAAGCAGGAGAUACAUUUAUACACGUAAAGUCUUUUUCUGAGACCGUAAUUUAUCUCAUUUGAAAUACAGCGAAAACGGGCUAACGGUGUUCAUCAUGUAAAUUAUCAUAUGUAAUGUUAUGUAACGUUUUUUUUUUUUUAUUCUUCUGGUCUGAGGUUAAACAAGUUCAUGAUCAAAUCAUCAUUUUUUAUUUUAUAAGGCUGAAUCAGUGUUUGCUAUAAACAACAAAUUAUUUAUAUACACUGACCGUAUUAAGGUACUUGAUUGCCUGUGUUACUGUUUUGCUAUAGUGCGGUUGAAACCAGAUACUUAGAUACACAUGUUUUUUUUCUCACUUAAAUUAGAUAAAAUAAGAUCAAAUAUUUUUUGAUUUAGGUGAGGGUUAACAAUUAUUUCUAUUUGCUUAAGACCACAAUAAUGAGAUUUUUUAAAUGUUUUUUGUUCUUUACAUUACGUUAAAUUCAGAAGUUUACUUACAGUCCUUUUAUAUGUGGUAGAAUUACCUUUUAAAUUAUGAGAUUUGGGUCAAAUAUUUCCAGUAGUCUCGUACACGCUUCUCACGAUAGUGUGUUAAAAUUUUGGCCCGGUGCAACUGGGUCGAGUUUAUACGCUGCCUUUUACAUACUCACACAUACUCACACACACACACACACACACACACACACACCUUUUCAGCUCUUCCCACAAAUCAUCUAUCGGACUAAGAACAGGGCUCUGUGAUGGCAGCACUCCAAACGAUUGGCUUUGUUGUCUUUAAGCCACAUUGUGACUAAUCUGGCGGGAGGCUUAGGACGGUGGUCCAUUUGAGAGACCGAUUUCCUGGUUGAUGUCUUAAAUUGUUGCUGAUACUUGCAAAUGAUUAGAUGAACGUGGCAAUUUAAGGCAUCUGGGCAUUGUACCUAAUGCCGAACCGGACUGGUGGAUAUUUUGGCUGAUUAGCUUUGAUUUUCCCAUGAAGCCCCACAUGGAAACAGUGCGUUUGAGGUGUUGCCUUAAAGUAUAUCCACAUGUGUUCACUUGCAGAAGCUUCCAAAGCCAUGCAUCAUCAUCUGGGCUUUCCCAAAUUGUUUCAAGUCAUAAGCUUAAUGUAUGUAAAUUUCAAAAUUUAAAGAAAUUAAUACAAAAAUAUAUAUAAAAAAAAAAAAACCUUAUUUGGGAACUUAGCAAAUAGAAAUAAUUCUGCUAAUCUUACCUGGCCUAAAACAGGUAAAGUUUAGUCUGACCUAACAGCAGAUGAUGAAGGAAAAAAAAAGGUUAUUUGUCUUUUAAAGUAAUGUAUGUAAACAUUUGAUUUUUACUUGUAACCUGGACAACAACAGCAACAAAAAAAUUCCACAAAUCAAUCACAUAUCAACAACACGUGUACUCUUUAUUCAGUAUAUCUAUAUAUGAUGUUGGAUGCCUUAAUACACCAGUGUUUAAACAAUUUAAUUAGACUUGAAGAUGAUGUCUCCACGGAGACAAGGUGUAUUGUAUUUCCCCCCCUACACACCACAUCUCUUUCCUCGUUUUGAAGCAUAAUUUUGUUACGGUAACCAGGGUCAAAGUUAUGCAAUAAUGAUAAAUAGUGCCUCAUAUCACAAACUUGUAAUAUCACCCGCUCUGUGCAGCGUUUCGACUCCAACACGUGUUCUCUUAAUUGCUACAUUUCAAAAGGGGAAAUAAUGGUUUCUUUUUAUUAUGAAUAUUAUUUCGAGAUAAAAAGCACAGACAACAAUAUGCAAGUCGGACCUCUAACGUUGAACCUUCUCUUCGCACUGAGCCUUAUAUCAUGGUGUCAAAUGCAGCGUCCCACUGUAACACUCUCACCAGUUUGAAGCACACAUCAUUACUUUGGCUGCAAUAAGUCCUCCUCCAUAAGGGGAAUAAACCUGAGUUACAAAGGCUUCUGGUUGUUUCAGCUUCAGCGCAGUGAUUUCAUAUUAGGCCAUGAGGAAUCAAACCCGCAGCUGGGUAGUUUGAUGCCUUUGUUAAUGAUUUGAGACGUUUGAUCGGUUAAAUAAAUAUUUAACUUUCUGUGUAACAUCUGAUUUUGGAUUUUUGUUUUCUGAUUUUGAAAACUUAAGUAGUGAAGCCAAUGCCUAUGUUUCAAGUUUGCUAAUAUUACGUACAGUAAUUGUUGUUCCUGUAUUUAUGUAAAGUGAGUGUUGUGUAAAUAUAUUCAGAUCUUUUCAUUCUUACCGUGAGAAAAAAUGUGAUAUUGCUUCAAAAGGGAGAUUCUGCUAAUGGGAAAAAAAAGACAUUUUUAAUCCUGGUAUUUUUAAAAACUUUUAAAAACAGGUGUCAUUUUGUUUUCUCUUUUUUUCCUGUUACGGUUUUAUUUCCUCCAAAAGUUGUUUAAGUAACAAGUCAGUGUUUUGCCUUUUAUUUCCUGUAUUUUUUCAUAUGGAUGGAGCUGUGAAAUUAAGAUAAAUUCAAACAUAUACAUGUAUAUUGAAAUGAAUGGAGGCAUGAAGGUUAAUAAAGUUGCAUUUUGUAUGUAACACUA